CCGGCGAUGUUCGUGGUGCGUGGGUGAACGCGGCUCGUGUGAGCGAGUAGGACCGCGAUCGGCGGCGCCAUGCCGCACGGCGACGAACAGGGCUCGACCGACGAGGUCAAGGUGUUCAAGCACGAGGAGGACGAUGAAGAGAACCUCGGCGCGGAGGACCUGAACGUUGAGGACGGGCUGACGGAGGACAAAAGCAGCCUCAUCACCGAGUCGGAGACGAAAACAACCGAUGUCGGCUCUAAUCGGGAGAACGAAGGCGGGUCGGCGUUCGGGCCUCUGGGUCGCCCGUACGAGCCGCUGGCCGACCGGCACCCGUUCAGCUACUUGUACAGCCCAUACUCGUCCUACAAUGGAUCGCUCUCAAUGGUGAGUACCCGUGCGCCAUCCGUCACAGGUCACCAGGUCAGGUCAUACAGCGCUUCUAACGUCGGGGGCUGGGCUGUAGACUGAACUUUCUGUCAUCCGCAUCUGUUACUGCACGCGAUGAAUCUUAAUUGCCGGCGUCGAUUUUGCGUGGGGUAUAAUUUGUCGCGGGUGUCACGCGUCUCCUUGGUCACGGGGUUGACGUAGGAGCAUCUUCGGGGUUGCCGGUAGUGCAGUGGUUCACGCGUCUGCGUUAACCAC